UUCUGCCAAGAAACACCCGCGCGCGCGAUUUCGUGCAGAAGCGCAGACAGCUUUUCUUGGAACACUCUAGAAGCGGUUAGAAUGCGACGCGACCGGUGGCGCGAUGCCCGCACCGCUUCGACGUUGAUCCACGGCCAAGAGAGGCAGCUCGCUAACGCGAUCACAACAAUUAUUUCGGGAUCGUAAAAACAAAAAUGUUAAACGCUCCCGUUGUUUAUGCAAUUCUGGGCCAGUCUUAGCGAGAGUAUAUCCCCGAGCGAUUAAGUUUUGACAUAUUUUACCCAGUCGGUUCUUCGCAAUCGAUCGACCCUUUUCGACGUCAAAAUCUCCCUCGGCGGCUGUAUAAUAACGGCGACGAUUGUGUUUUAAUUAAUUAACAGAGAUGGAUCACAACGUGCUCGUGGCGUUCGAUUUCGAUCACACCAUCUGCGACGACAACACCGACCUGGUGGUGCAGGAGUUGCUCGGAGUCGCGGGGAGGGCGAUAUCCAAGGACGUGGAGAAGCUGCGGAGGACGAGCUGGAUCGCGUACAUGGGCAGGAUCUUCGAGCUGCUGCAGGAGGUCGCCGUGGGCCCGGGCCAGAUCGAGGAGACCGUCGUCGGGAUACCCGCGGUCGCGGGGAUGCAGGAGCUCCUCGUCCUCCUGCAGGCCAGCGGCCACGAGAUCGUCGUCAUCAGCGACUCCAACAGCGUGUUCAUAGACACCUGGCUGCGCAGCAGGGGCCUCGAGCGCGUCGUGUCGCGCGUCUUCACGAAUCCGGCCCGGUACGACGACCACGGCAGGCUCAGGGUGGACGGGUAUCACGCGCAGACCGCGUGCCGGCUGAGCCCUGUCAAUCUCUGCAAGGGGCAGAUCCUCACGGACUACGUUCGGGACAAGCGCGAGCAGGGCAGGACCUACGCGAGGAUCGUCUACGUCGGCGACGGGAGCAACGACCUCUGCCCGAUUUUGCGCCUCUCGAAGACCGAUCUGGCGUGUCCGCGCAAGGGUUACCGGCUAAUCGAGCGGCUCGACGGAUCGCCCAGCUCCACGUCGAUCCAGGCGAAGAUCGUGCCGUGGGCGGACGGCAUCGAGCUGCAGCGCAGCUUGAAGGAGCUCAUAUACUUUCGUUAGAACGAUUCCAUUGUUAGAUCUAGACAGACAGACAUUAGAGCCAGACAGUCACGCACAGCUGACUUGUAUACUCCCUGUGAUGGUACUUCUGUAUACAACUCGACUUGUCCGUAUCUUGCGUUUUUUGGACCACAGGAUAAGAUCGUUAAAUAUAAUGAACUAUUUUCUCUCGAGAUCGUUUAUUUUGUGAUACAUCACGAUGUGAUACGAGAAUGUUUAUUUAAUUAACUCCAUAACGCACAACACAUCAAAUUAUUGCGAUUUAGAGAUAGCAGUGCUAACCAAUAAGAAAUUUCAUAUUUCGCUUUACUCUAAUUAAAAGAAAUAUUGCUGAUUACAGGAAUAUUAUACGUAUACAGGCAUGUGAGUAACAUGAGUAUAAAGUUGUAACUAUAUUUUUAAAAUAAAAUCUAUAACUUCAUUAGACAAUAAAUCCUGACGUUUAAAAUGCGCCGGCAGCAUUUAAGAUAUAGUCAGUAUCAAGUUUCAAGUAAAUUUUACCAAAUUUUUAUUAAACCAAUAAAUAUUUAAAGGUCCAAAACAAA